UGUACAGUCUCAUAGUGUAUACGAGGCAGUCCUGUUCGGAAGGUACUCGCAGUGUAGUCUGGCCAAUUUUUUUGGGAGAUUUCCUAUGUAACUCACAUUUACAUUUACAUUUAGGGCAUUUAGCAGACGCUUUUAUCCAAACUUUAUUCAACUUACUUGGUACUUAUGUGUAGGGAUGCUGUGUACUUCCAAUGGUGAUGACGGAUGUACGUGUUGACUAGUGCUUGCUUUCCAUAGUACGCUAAGUGGUAUGUGCCAAACAAGCUUUUGGACCUGUUUCCAGAGCAGACGAUCUGUGCCAAGUAGUGAUCUGAGGAGGGCACCGGGACAGCAGGGUUAAAUCAAGGUGCAGGUGCAGGCGGGCCUACAGGGAGCAGGUGAUUUAAAAUCAGAUAGAUGUUUGUAGGAGGAAAGGGUGGGCUGAGUGUGAAGUGUUUGGGUUCAUUUUAGAAAAAAAGGGUCGCGUAUCGCACCAGUGGCGGACAUUAGGAUGUCGAACUCCACCACCAACUUCUACGCCUAUUCCCAGUCGUUCAGUGUCUCCGACAUCAUCGUCGUUGCAACCUACUUCCUCCUGAACCUUGCUGUGGGCAUCUGGUCUUCAUGCAGGGUGAGCAGGAACACCCUGAGUGGAUAUUUCCUGGCAGGACGGGACAUGGCAUGGUGGCCGAUCGGAGCAUCCUUGUUCGCUAGUUCAGAAGGCUCGGGUCUGUUUAUUGGCCUGGCUGGUACUGGAGCUGCUGGAGGCAUUGCUGUAGCAGGCUUUGAAUGGAAUGCCACCUAUGUAUUACUGGCUCUGGCCUGGGUGUUUGUCCCCGUCUACGUUGCCUCAGGGAUUGUAACGAUGCCAGAGUACCUGGGACGUCGUUUUGGAGGAGAGAGGAUCCGAACCUACCUGGCAGUGCUGUCUUUAAUGCUGUCCAUCUUCACCAAGAUAUCAACCGACCUGUACUCUGGAGCUCUGUUCGUCCAGGUGUGUCUGGGAUGGAACCUCUACCUCUCUACCAUCCUCAUGCUUGUUGUCACGGCUCUCUACACUAUCGCAGGGGGGCUGGCGGCUGUCAUCUACACCGACACCCUGCAGACAGUGAUCAUGCUUGUAGGAGCCAUCAUCCUCACUAUCACUGCGUUUAACGAGAUCGGGGGCUACAGUAACCUGGAGAAGGUGUACAGCCUGGCCAUCCCCAGCAAGAUCAUCCCCAACAGCACCUGCCACCUGCCCCGGGAGGACGCCAUGCACCUGUUCAGGGACGCCACCACCGGGGACCUGCCCUGGCCCGGCAUGACCCUGGGGCUCACUAUACUAGCCACCUGGUACUGGUGUACGGACCAGGUGAUUGUGCAACGAUCCUUGUCUGCCAAGAACAUGAGCCAUGUGAAGGGAGCGUCGAUCCUUGCGGGCUAUCUGAAGUUGCUACCCUUCAUCUUCAUCAUCCUCCCUGGCAUGAUAAGCAGAGCCCUAUAUCCAGACACCGUGGGCUGUGUGGACCCUGAGGAGUGUGUGCGUGUGUGUGGAGCCGAGGUGGGGUGCUCCAACAUCGCCUUCCCCAAGAUGGUCAUUGAGCUCAUGCCCAGCGGUCUGAGAGGGCUGAUGAUAGCGGUGAUGAUGGCGGCUCUGAUGUCGUCCCUCACCUCCAUCUUUAACAGCAGCUCCACGCUGUUCACCAUGGACAUCUGGAAGAAGCACCGCCCCCGGGCCACUGAGAAAGAGCUGCUAUUGGUGGGCAGGAUCGUGACGGUCAUCCUGGUGGUGGUGAGUGUGGUGUGGAUCCCCAUCCUCCAGUCGGCCAACAGCGGCCAGCUGUACGUCUACAUCCAGUCGGUCACCAGCUACCUGGCCCCGCCCGUCACCGCCGUCUUCACCCUGGCCGUGUUCUGGAAGAGGACCAACGAGCAGGGUGCGUUCUGGGGUCUGAUGGUGGGCCUGGUGGUGGGCGUGUGCAGGAUGGUGCUGGAGUUUGCCUUCCCACCCCCCAGGUGUGGCGUGGUGGACUGGGCCCCGUCGGUGCUGCGCAGCGUCCACUACCUCCACUUCGCCAUCCUGCUCUGUGGCCUCUCCACCAUCGUGGUGGUGGUGGUCACGCUGCUCACCCCCCCGCCUACGCCCGAGCAGCUCACUAACCUGACGUGGUGGACUCUGACGGAGGAGGUGCAGAGAGAGAUCCCUCUGAGAAAAGUGUCCUCUGUCAGCAACCGUAGCCCCCCUGCCUCAAAGUCUGUGUGCAGAGUGACCUGUGGCCAGGGCCCCAGUCUGUGCAUUUCAUCACAAAGUUCACAACCGACUCCACCUCCUAGAGUCCCGAGCGUGCGGGAGACUGUGUUUUGGUCCAGGUUUUGCAAUGCCAAUGCUCUCCUUCUGGUCAGCAUCAACAUCUUUCUGUUUGCAUACUUUGCCUAAUUCACCAGAAUUUAUGCCUCAGUUGAUCUAAAACCUUAUCAACUCACUCAUUCACAUCCAUGCCACCAUCUCAUCCAUGCUUUCUCCUUAGAGUUGAUUGAACUUAAGAGAUGGUGUAUGAAUAUAUUUGAAUCUGCUUUUGAAUGAAAGAAGGCGUAUCAUUUUGACAUUUUUUAUUGGAUUCUCUGUUCAUUUAUAGCAAAGGAAAUCCACAAAGGAAGCUGUUUGUACAUUAGGUAGCCUAUAACAAUUUAUCAAUUAUAAGAACUCCAGGUAAAUAUUUUCCAAAACCACUUUAAACCUUAAAAACGAUAUAAAGUUACUUAAUAUACAAAACUUUGGGCCAUGCAACUACAAGAUACACAUUUGAGAUUUUGUUAAGAAUUAUGGCAUGCUAUUUUUGUACGUGCAGAUAGCUGCAAGCAACUAAGAGGACAUGGCGACCUAUUAGUCACAAUUCCCUCCACACAGUGUCCUAUUUAUGAAAAUAAAAGUCUUGUUGGUGUAUUGAAUGGCAUAUACUCACUUUCUGAUGAUAAUAAGUAGGUCGAUGUUUUUGAUAGCAAUGAUUUCAGGUCUCGUUAAGAAGAUUAAUAAUUGUAAUCCGAUUUUUUUAUAUUAUUCAUAAAGUAUAUGUUUGUAUGGCUAACGUGGUUUUUUUUUUGUGUAUAUAUUCUU